GUAUGUCCGUCACCAAACUCGAGAACAUUAUGUGGGCGCUGAUGUCCUGAACCAACAGAAAUCGAAUCCGUUGACCUCGCAACCUGAGUCAAAGGAGGCAGUCUUGUCCCCAAACACAUACCUCGACUUGCGCGCCUCCCGCCUCCUACCAUGUCGACCAUGACUGCAUCUCCUCUACCAUCACAUAUGACGAACAAUGUGACCUCCACGCCGACGUCCUCUCGGAACCGUUCUGCUCCUGGUCCACCAGAGUCUUCGCCACAGCAUGGCAGUCCAAGGAGCAGCUCGUCAAAAGAUGGAACGCUCGCUACGGAUGUUGAAACGGUGUUGAGAUCGCAUGGUGGAGACACUCGAAAGGCCCUCGAAGGGUUAUUGACCGACCGCAGCAGCCUACAAUCUCAAAACUCUCAAUUGUGGAAGCUCAUCGAGAAACAGCGAGGGCAAUGCGCGUCCCUGCUAUCUGAUAAUGAUCGUUUACGGACGGAGAGAGAUAGAGCCAACGGCAAGCUUCUGGCGGCAGGCUUGGAGCCCAUCAGCUCGAAGAAGAUGUCCAACAGCUCAAGUGUCACAGGUCUAGGCAUCAGAGCAGAGGCUCCACCCAUCAGAAGACAAUUAUCGGAUCGCGAGGAAAGACCGAAGGAUAUUCAGUCGAGCAGCAUCAUCACCCGACCUAGUCCCGAAUUGCAGGACAAAUCGUCAAAGCCGAGUCUCACAGUCCCUUCACCCAUCGCCUCCUCUCAUGGCUCGCCGGUGGAGCGCUCUCCUAUUGAGCGCACGGCUUCUCCAACCGAAAAAACAUACUCCUCACCCCUUCUGCCCUCACCCAUGGUCAUCCAGGAGACCAAAUUGCGUCCGCAAAGCCGCAUGGUGUUUCCUUCCGAAGUAUCGUCGUGGCUUUCACUCGCCGACUCGCCGCAGUCCAGACAGAAAGAUGCAAAGCAGACCCCACCAUCUGGUCUGUCAAAUAUGAUUGUGAGCCCCUCGACCCAAACAAAUCCAGAUAGACCGGAACCGGGCAAUGGCGCACUAUCUAGGACUCUUCAGCUUUCCGCAGAUGACUCACAACCACAAUCAGACGCAGAGACCUCACUGCAGAAUAUCCCGCCGCGUGGAUCAAGCAUCCAAUCACCCAGAAUACAGGACAGUCCGGCAUCUCCCGUACAAUCUACACAUGAAUCCUUCAGAUCGACCUUGGCAGAGGAGACGGUGCCACAGCAAGCGGUGCAAGAGAUGCCGCAGCCGCAUCCCCAUCUGAUUCAGAAGUCUGAUACUCCUCAAUCCGUCGAGAUGGAGGCUACUCAAGAGCUUGUCGAUAGCAAGGCCGACGAGGACACACCUAGACGUCACCCUGCUCCACCGGCCCCUUCCUCGAGUCAGACGCUCCCUCGUAUUUCCUCUUCCCUCCUGCCUCACGCUCGCAUAUCUAUCCCUACAAGCACUGUAUACCCCAAUGCCUCUGGGCGAGACGUGCUUUGCUUCAUCAUCUCCGUUGUCAUUCGCCCGCCAAACUCGCAGCCCAUCGCUUGGAAUGUAUCCAAGCUGUUCAGCGCGUUUGUCGAUCUGGAUGCCAAGAUCAAAGCUAGAUGUGGCAAGGGUCGAAAGGAGUGGAAAAGCAUGGUGGCACCUCUUCCAGAUAGCAAGGCGUGGAAGGAUUUCGCCCCGAGUAAAAUAGACCAACGAAAGGCAGCGCUCGAAGCGUACCUCCAAAGUCUGCUUGUCGCUCCUAUCUCGGAUAAGACCGACUUGUGCGAUUUCCUCUGCACAGAUCCCGUUCAGGCCCGACCCACUGCAGCAAGGAAGGAGGGGUAUCUGACCAAGAAAGGCAAGAAUUUUGGCGGUUGGAAAACGAGGUACUUCGUCCUGUCUGGGCCAGUCAUGGAGUAUUACGAAUCGCGUGGAGGUCCCCACCUCGGAUCCAUCGCCAUUACGAAUGCGCAGAUCGGCCGACAGAACCGGCCAACAGAGUCAAGCGACGAUCGAGACUUUCGACACGCCUUCCUGAUCAUUGAGCAGACGCGACGUGGGGCUUCAAAUCGGCAUGUUUUAUGUGCAGAGAGUGAUGCUGAGCGCGACGCUUGGAUCGAAGUCCUCGUCCGCUAUGUUGAGCCAGAGUCCACGCAGCCGCCUCCCCCACCACCAACCCAUCAGACAAAUCCCGGUCCGGUCGCACAGACUCUCAGUAGGCGCAAAAGCGGUUCACGGAAGAACAGCAAGGACGUGGUCAUCACCGCCGCGGCACCUAUGGGAACCUUAUCGGCAGGAGGCAGCAAAUUCAGCGGGGCGCCGUCUCCCACGAUCUUCAAUGCCAUGGAGCAGAAGCGUACAGUGGGCGAGGCGUCGAGUCACAACACCCUGAAUUCUCAGGGCCACCUCAACAUCGCCCAAAGCUCCUCGAGUGACCAGCUCUCGACCUCGCCAUCUAGUCAAUCCGGGAUGGACCCCGUAUCACGUUCCUCAAAGCGCCAAAGCAUCAUGCCUUCUCGCGGUCCACCGAGUGCUCCAUCUGCAGCCUAUCUCAGCAAAGUGGCGAAUGACGGACUACAACUACCGCCAGGAUAUGACCGAGAUCGGGAUCGGAAAGCCAAAUCAGGCCGUUUCUGGCACAGCUUUGGAAAGACAAAUGACAAGGUUCAUCGGCCCGUCUUCGGCGUUGCAUUGUCGGACUCGCUGCAAGUAGCGUCCAAAGCGAAUCUUCCGGCUAUCGUCUACCGCUGUAUCGAGUAUCUGGAGGCUAAGAAAGCUGAGACCGAGGAAGGAAUCUAUCGGCUCAGUGGCUCCUCUGCAGUCAUCAAAGGUCUCAAAGAUAGAUUCGAUGCUGAAGGCGACGUCAAUCUGCUCAAGAUUGAUGACCGAUGGGAUCCACACGCUAUUGCCGGUUUGCUCAAAGCGUUCCUACGUGAACUACCAAUGAGCCUGUUGACUCUUGAUCUGCAUCCUCGUUUUUUGGCCGUCAUGGAUAUCAUUGAAUCAUCCGGCAGGGUGUCAGAGUUAUCGCGGUUGGUGUCCGAACUCCCUCCACCGAACUAUGCUCUGCUGCGAGCACUCACCGCCCAUCUGAUUCUCAUUGUGCGAAACUCUGCCGUCAACAAGAUGACUUUGCGCAAUAUUGGAAUAGUCUUCUCCCCGACGUUGGGCAUUCCCGCCGGUAUCUUUUCUGAGAUGGUCACCAGCUUCGGAGCGAUCUUUGACGAUGAGGGCUUGGAGCCAGAUGUCGCUCCUUCUGAUCCGCCAGAUGAGUCUAUGGACCAGGAACACGGCACGAGGAAGCGAAAUAGUAUGCUAUAUCAGGCUGGCGGUGCGGAUGCUCUUCUAGGGCUGGGUGGCCGCUCACUCGAACCUGGUAAGUCAAGCUCUCGAAGCGAGGCUGACGCCUUUAUAGCCCUCGAGGAUUCUUCUUCGGAGGUUUCGACCGAUAACGAGAUAGAGUCAGAAACGCCUUCUGCCCGAUCGGAGGAGAGUCUAAAUGAGAGCAUCACCACACCUCGCGCCGAGGCAUACCCAUCUCCUCCGACUGUCCGCAGGCCUAAAGCGUCCUCUCGGACCAUAGAUCUCAGUGUAUCAGUGGAACCUUCCGGCCCAAUGACCGAACUUGGAGGUCGCAGUCCGACUCAUGGCCAUCAUGGACUGCCCACAGGACCUCGUCCACCUGACUCGGCGGGACUCGCACAGGGAGCCAUCAAUCCCGUUUAACAAGCUGUAUAAAAUGUCUGUCACUGCAUAUCGAUUGUGCUAUGGGUCCACCGUGUCGAU